UGAAGAAAAAAAAUUAAAAUAUAUUUUUACUUUCAAAAUAAAUUAGUAAGAAGAAGAGAAAUCAAAUUCCCAAAAAAAAAAUUAAAAAAUUACAUUUGACAAAGCAAUAGAUUGAGCGUUGUUUUUAACUAGCCCUUGGGUUGUGUUUGUUCAUGUGAAAUCUGCAUAGUCGUUGGCGGCAGAAUCCAACUAAAGCUCAAGGGCAUACACGAGAGGCUCGGACUGAAGGGUACAUUCUCUCUCUUUCUAAACUCUCUCUCUAUAAUUCCAUCUAGGGUUUCUCUAAAACCUUCCUCCUGUCCUCCUCCAAUUGUUGUAACAUCGUCAUAUCUAGGAUUUCUCCAAUCCUACACUGGAAAGAACCCAGCCGACAUUCGUUUCCUUCCACUCACUAAAACCCUAGAACCAAUAACAACCUCUUCUCUUAUACACACUUCUCUGUCUAGGGUUUUAUUUUCAUUCAUUUUGUUGCGAGUUUUUUUAUUCAAUUUUAAAAUUUGGAUUAAUUAUACAAUCCUGUUUUGAAACCCUAGAACCAAUAACCACCCCUUCUCUUAUACACACUUCUCUAGGGUUUUGAUUUUCAUUCAUUUUUUUAAUUUGGAUUAAUUAUACAAUCCUGUUUUGAAACCCUAGAACCAAUAACAACCCCUUCUCUUAUAUACACUUAUCCGCCUAGGGUUUUGAUUUACAUUCAUUGUGGUACAAAUUUUUUCUUUUUACUUCUUAGAUUUGGAUUAAUUAUACAGUCCUGUUUGUUGUACACUUCGAUUAUAAAGUUCAAUGGGCGAUUUUGAUUGCCAAAAAAUCCGAAAUAUAUGCAUUCUUGCUCAUGUUGAUCAUGGCAAGACUACGCUUGCGGAUCAUCUUAUCGCCGCCUAUGGGGGUGGAGUGCUCCACCCGAAGCAAGCGGGUCGGCUUAGAUUUAUGGAUUACCUUGAUGAAGAACAGAGGAGGGCAAUAACAAUGAAGAGCUCCUCUAUUGUUCUUCAAUACAAAGAUCAUUCUAUAAACCUUAUAGACUCUCCAGGCCACAUGGAUUUUUGUAGUGAGGUCUCCACUGCUGCACGGUUGAGCGAUGGGGCUUUGGUUUUAGUUGAUGCUGUCGAGGGUGUUCACAUUCAAACGCAUGCGGUUUUGCGUCAAGCUUGGAUUGAAAAGCUUACACCGUGUUUGGUACUUAAUAAGAUUGAUAGGUUGAUUUGUGAAUUGAAAUUGAGUCCGAUGGAGGCUUAUAUUCGUCUGCAAAGGAUUGUUCACGAGGUUAAUGGGAUUGUGAGUGCAUACAAAUCGGAGAAGUACCUAUCGGAUGUUGACUCGAUACUUGCAGGACCAUCAGGUGAGCUGGGUGAUGAUGAGAAUCAAGAAUUUAUAGAGGAUGUGGAAGAAGAUGCUUUUCAACCACAAAAGGGGAAUGUUGCAUUUGUGUGUGCAUUGGAUGGGUGGGGUUUUAGUAUUAGUGAAUUUGCUGAAUUUUAUGCCUCAAAGCUUGGGGCGAGUGCAACUGCUUUGCAAAAGGCUUUAUGGGGUCCUCGAUAUUUCAUUCCCAAGACAAAGAUGAUUGUGGGAAAGAAGGGACUUAGUAGUGGAAGUAAGGCUCGACCUAUGUUUGUGCAAUUUGUGUUGGAGCCACUCUGGCAAAUUUACCAGGCGGCUUUGGAAGCCGAUGGGGACAAAGUGGUACUCCAGAAAGUCAUCAAGUCAUUUAAUUUGUCCAUACCUCCUCGUGAACUUCAGAAUAAGGAUCCAAAAGCUGUGCUACAAGCUGUCAUGAGUCGUUGGCUUCCUUUGUCAAAUACAAUCUUGUCUAUGGUGGUGAAUCAUAUGCCAGACCCUAUUGCAGCCCAGUCUUUUCGGAUAUCACGUUUACUUCCUAAGAGAGAAGUUAUUGAUAAUGGGUUUAGCUCCGAUGUGCUUGCUGAACUGGAACUUGUGAGAAAAUCUGUUGAGGCUUGUGAUCCUUGCCCUGAAGCACCAGGUGUUGCUUUUGUGUCUAAGAUGUUUGCUGUUCCACUGAAAAUGCUACCUAAAAGGGGUCUGCACGGGGAGGUUGUAAACACUUUUUCUGAUGAUGGCGGAGAAGGUAUGUCGGAUGAGUGCUUCCUUGCAUUUGCAAGGAUUUUUAGCGGUGUUCUUUGUUCUGGACAGAGGGUUUUUGUGCUUUCAGCUUUAUAUGAUCCAUUAAAGGGGGAAUUAAUGCAAAAGCACAUACAGGAAGCUGAAUUGCAUUCUUUAUAUCUAAUGAUGGGUCAAGGCUUGAAACCAGUGGCCUCUGCAAGGGCUGGGAAUGUUGUGGCCAUUCGAGGCCUGGGCCAGUGUAUAUUGAAAAGUGCAACUCUUUCAUCUACAAAGAACUGUUGGCCUUUCUCGAGUAUGGUGUUCCAGGUCUCACCCACUCUAAAAGUUGCAAUCGAGCCUUCCGAUCCAGCUGACAUGGGUGUGCUCAUGAAAGGUCUGAAGCUUUUGAAUCAUGCAGAUCCAUUUGUAGAGGUCACUGUUUCUGCUAGAGGAGAGCACGUGCUUGCUGCUGCAGGGGAGGUUCAUCUUGAGAGGUGCAUAAAGGAUUUGAAGGAGAGAUUUGCAAAAGUAAGGUUGCAGGUCUCUCCACCUCUUGUCUCCUAUAAAGAGACUAUUGAGGGUGACUUAUCCAAUCCAUUAGAGUGUCUGAAGUUGUUAGGUGGGAGCUCUGACUAUAUUGAGAAGAUGACACCAAAUGGAAGAUGUGUUGUUCGAGUGCAGGUCAUGAAGCUUCCAACUGUGUUAACGAAGGUGUUACAUGAAAGUUCUGAUCUUCUUGUAGAUAUUAUGAGAGGUAAACAAGGACCAAAUUAUAGAAGCCUGGAAACCCAAAAAGCAAGCAUAGUUGAAGGUGAUAAUCCGAUUGAAAAACUUAAGAAAUGCAUAAUGGAUGCUGCAGAGAGUGAUAGUCCCACUGGAAGUGCAGAUAUUGACAAGGAUCGGCCUGAGAAAUCUAAAUUGUUGUGGCAAAAGUUUCUUAAGAGGAUCUGGGCAUUGGGGCCUAGACAGGUUGGUCCUAACAUCCUACUCAUUCCGGAAUCCAAAGGAAAGAGUACUGACUCUUCUGUUCUUAUCAGGGGAUCUCCUCAUGUAUCCGAGAGAUUGGGGUUUGUGGAUAUGUCAAGAAACGGUGAUAUAGCUGCUGCAGCAUCGUCUUUAGAAACUCAAGCUCUUUACCAAGAAGCAGAGGGACUUGAGAACAGUGUUUUGUCAGGAUUUCAACUAGCUACAGCGGCCGGUCCUUUGUGUGAGGAACCUAUGUGGGGUUUGGCAUUUGCUAUUGAGGCUUACAUUUCUCCAUCUGUUCGGCAAUUUGCUGAAUCUGAAGUUUCUCAUCAACAACCAGAGCAAUAUGGGGUCUUCACUGGACAGGUUAUGACAGUGGUCAAGGAUGCCUGUAGGGCGGCUGUACUUCAGAAGAGACCUCAACUUGUGGAAGCCAUGUAUUUUUGUGAGUUGAACACCCCAACUGAAUACUUAGGCCCUAUGUAUGCUGUGCUUGCUCGGAGGCGAGCCCGAGUUUUGAAGGAAGAAAUGCAGGAAGGGUCUUCAUUAUUCACUGUGCAUGCUUAUGUGCCAGUUGCAGAAAGCUUUGGGUUUGCCGAUGAACUGAGGAGAUGGACUUCUGGAGCUUCAAGUGCUCUACUUGUUCUUAGUCAUUGGGAAACACUUCCUGAGGAUCCUUUCUUUGUACCCAAAACAGAAGAGGAGAUUGAAGAAUUCGGAGACGGCUCUAGUGUUCUACCUAAUACAGCGAGGAAACUCAUUAACGCUGUGAGGCGGCAAAAGGGUCUCCCUGUGGAUGAAAAAGUAGUGCAGCAUGCAACAAAGCAGAGGACCCUGGCUCGUAAAGUGUAGAAAUUAGUCAGAUGUUGUCUGUCAUCUACUCUUACAAGGGUUCAGAGAAAAUACAACGCUCUUUAAAUUUUGCUGAAAAUGUUGUAGGCUUUAUUGUCAAAGAUUUUUUUUUAGCAUUAGUUUAAAUCUGUAUUCUUUUUGGUGUUUUCAUAUGUUGUAGAUGAAUGAUGCUGAGUUCCAGAAUGACAAUUUUGAAGACGAUUUAUGAACGAUGUGUUUUGGA